AUGCCACGCCUAGCGCAGCAAUAUGCGCUGCCCGCUCACGAUGAAACACUGCGACGCGAUAGCAGCGGAAGCUCACAUAAUAGCGGCGAAGAAACCCCUCGGAUGGAGAACACCCUGCGACGCAAAACACCGAACGGUACCCUGAACGCUGGCUAUGACGGCCACCUCGAUUACCAGCACCCGCAGAAGUAUCAACUUAUGGUUGGCGAGGAUCUCGGACAGCAGGCGCUGAACGUGCCUUCCACAAGCAGCAAGCGCACCUUCCUCGAACACCAGCAGCAACAACAUAUUGUUCAUUCGAGCUGGGCAUCCCCAGCGGAUCUUGGCUGGCUUGCAGGCCAAGACCCGCAAGCGUGCUCCCUACCGAUGGAUUCUGUACUGGACCACGCGCAUCAGUUCUACGGACAGACCGUGCCCAGUGUCAUUCAGCCCUCGUUUCAAUAUGUAGGCCCUACUGCUUCCGGUGGUCAAGUCUCGGGACCAUGGGGUCCGUACUGGCAUGAUGGCACAUUCGUCCCCUACCGACCGACUGUGGUGCGCGAUCCACGCUUCUACCAUCACAGCAGCGGCAUGUGGCCACUGCAAGCUCGCAGUCUGCAGCUCCCGCAACGGCAGCAGCAGCAGUGGCGGCAACAGCAAGGGAUGGCUCAUGCUCACGUGUAUGGCACCACUGCACAUACCGCGGCGCGCUAUGGCUACUUUACUCCGUCUCAGACACCUGGCUCAUUGUACGUAGCUCUGCCUCAUGCCGAUCCUGGACAACGCAUUGAGUCAACCUCGUUCGGCCACCUGUCGAACUCGCAGCCCGACCUUACCGCGAACGAAGAGUUCGGGCCGGAGUCCGCAAAUGGCAGGCGCUCGUCUGUCGUGCCGAUUAUGUCGCAACCUCCAAUGGACAACUCUCCACCAUCGAGGGCUGCGCUUGCGCUCUCGUACAUCGAGGAACAUUGCCGUGAGACUGAGUGGCAGUGGACGGAUGGUAUGCAUCUAGGCGGCUGUCUGGCGUACGGUCUUGGCAAUUAUCAGAAAGCGCUCCGAUGGUAUACUAAAGUACUGGAAAUGGAUCCAAAGCAUCUGGAGGCUAGGUCAAAUUAUGCUGCCACGCUGCUCGCGGUUGGCCGGAAGCAGGAGGCUGAAGAGCACUGGAUGGGUGUCGUCGAAACAGCGCCAAAUCAUUUCGAGGCUGUCGAGCACCUCGUGGGCUUGCUGUGCGGCGACCACAGGAGCGAAGACGCUGUGAAAGUCAUAGAGCACGUUGAGCGGGUCUUGCGACAAGCUAGACCAGCGGAGCCGCCUCGGACAUCCGACCGACAAAGCGAGUGCUCGUCUUCGACCGCCAGCCGCUCGCCAUGCAUGUCAGAGCUAUCCGAUCGGAUCUCGUAUGACUUCGAAGCCGACAAAGACUGUUCGGCAUCUGAUGUGCGCGACAACCCAGCGUCUGCGGAGCCUGGCUUCGGAACGAGUGGCUUCGCAAUACCGGCUUCAGAGAAUGGUCGCAUGCUUGCCUUGAUUCACGCAAAGGGCAACAUGAUGUACAACUUGGACAACCACGCAGGUGCUGCACAUGCGUUCGAAGAUGCUGUUAUGAUCGCCACAGGGAGGAGGUUUGGCACCAUCGAAGGGCUGGUGAAGCACAUUCUCAUCGUUGUCUCGUUUCCUGCGCACCACAGCACGCCCAGGGACCUAUCAGCGGAACCGAUCCUCCUGGCCCCGACUCAAGCCUUGAAGACUGCACAACUUUGUUUCCCACAGACUGGCGAGCUUCCGUGUCUGCAGUAUAUCCAAGGGGGGCUACAAAGCAUUGCUCGCAGAGCCGUCAUCUCUACGACUAGUAACUCUCUGCUGUCGCUUGCGAAGAUCUACCAAGAUGGCAUGGCGAAUGCAAGCCGCGCCAACGGUGUCCCACCCCUACCAUGCGGUGUCCGCGAUAUCCUUGCGCUGUAUUACCUCUCGCUGUCCCUGCAGCCCAGCCCUUCCACGGCCAACAAUGUCGGCAUACUCCUGGCAGGCGUACAACAAGUCGCUACACCGCUGUAUGCCGCAGAGAAGCUCGACAUCCCAGGCGUCCUGCCUGGUAGUGGCGUAGCACUGGCCUUGCAGUAUUACAACUACGGCCUGCAGCUCGACCAGCGGCACGCUCACCUAUACACGAACUUGGGCAGUUUGCUUAAAGACAUUGGCCAGCUCGAUGCAGCUAUCAACAUGUAUGAUCGGGCGGUCCGCUGUGACAACAAGUUUGACAUCGCUCUAGCCAACCUUGCCAAUGCGGUCAAAGACAAAGGUAGAAUCAGCGAGGCCAUUGGGUACUACCAGCGUGCCGUGGAAGUGAGCCCGGACUUCGCAGAAGCGGUCUGUGGAUUGGCCAAUGCUCUCAACUCCGUCUGCGGCUGGAAAGGUCGAGGCGGUAUUGCGGCUGAGGGGGGCAAACGGGACCGGUGGCAUGUCGAUCCCAACGGCAUGCUUCUUGACGCCAGACAGCCUGGAGCCUCCAGCUCCGGUUGGAUCAAGCGUGUUGUGGACAUCGUGGAGAAGCAGUUGACCGACGGCGAGAGUUGGGGACGUGGUAUCCUUACGCCCGCGCUGAUCGAAGAGCUUGUACAACAAAUGGUCAUCUUGGACGGACCGGAUGCAGACGUGAAACACCGCGAAGCGGGUCUGCGCAGCAUGUUGAAUAGCUGGGCGGGGAUGAAGUGGGAGGGUGCUCGGCUUACGAGGCUAGUGGAGCGCGCCACAAGACGUAUCGGCUGGCAUUGGUAUCGCGACCUCUACGUCGAAAAGAAACGGCGAACAGAGUCCAGCUACAACCGACCGCAACUGCCCGCCGCUCUAACCGUUCCAACAGCGCCAACGGUUCUGCCGUUUCAUACCUUUACGUGCCCAGUGUCGGCGAAGCAGAUACGACUCAUCUCUCAAAGAAAUGGCCUUCGAAUCUCAGUGAAUGCACUACGAGCUCCAUGGCUGCCCAAGCAAGUCUACCCACCACCCGCACCUCCAGCACCAUAUCUGAAGGUGGGCUAUCUCUCGUCAGAUUUCAACAAUCAUCCACUGGCGCAUCUAAUGCAGUCGGUAUUUGGUCUUCACCACCGCGAGCGGGUGGAAGCCUAUUGCUACGCGACUACAGCUAGUGACAAAUCGGCACACCGCGAGCAGAUCGAAAGGGAGGCUCCGGUCUUCCGUGAUGUGACCACCUGGUCACUCGAAAAAAUCGUGAAUCAGAUAGUGCGGGAUGGCAUCCAUAUCCUCGUCAAUCUAAAUGGCUACACACGCGGAGCACGUAACGAAGUGUUCGCCGCUCGCCCGGCACCUAUUCAGAUGUCGUUCAUGGGCUUCGCCGGAACGCUCGGCGCAGAGUGGUGUGAUUACCUGAUGGCUGAUACCACUGCUAUCCCUCCGGAGACAUUGCGACCGUGGCGUAGGAAUGUUGACCUGGAAGACCAACAAGUCGACGAGAAUAGCGGCAGCGAUGACGAAUGGGUGUAUGGAGAGAACAUCAUAUACUGCAGAGACACAUUCUUCUGUUGUGAUCACAAGCAGAGCGCGUCUGCCACGCACGACAAGCGCUUGAGCUGGGAAGACGAACAGAAAGAGCGGUGGAGGAUGCGGAAAGAGCUGUUUCCUCAAAUCUUAGAUGAGACGAUCAUCUUCGGGAACUUUAACCAGCUCUACAAGAUCGACCCGACGACGUUCCGCACCUGGCUACGGGUGCUUGCAGCCGUUCCAAACUCGAUCCUCUGGCUUCUGCGCUUCCCGGAUCUGGGCGAGUCACAUCUGAUGGCGACGGCUAGGCUAUGGGCAACGACGGAGGUGGCAUCCCGUCUCAUCUUCACAGAUGUUGCACCGAAGCACCUCCACAUCUCGCGAGCACGCAUCUGUGACCUCUUUCUCGACACAGCGGAAUGUAAUGCGCAUACAACGGCGGCCGAUGUCCUGUGGAGUGGCACACCGCUUCUAACACUCCCACGAUACUCAUACAAAAUGUGUAGUCGAAUGGCCGCAAGCAUACUGAGAGGAGCACUUCCGAAGACCGGAGAGGGCGUUCAAGCAGCAAGGGAACUCAUCGCGACCGAUGAGGACGAUUAUGAGUCCAAGGCUAUUGCUUUGGGCAAGUCAUUGACGUACUCGACCAAUUGCGACGGGAGCGGAUCUGGACGGUUGAUGCGGUUACGCGAAAUGCUGUACGAGGAGCGUUGGACAAGUGCCUUGUUCGACACCAGGCGAUGGGUGCGAGACCUGGAAGAUGCUUACGAAGUGACGUGGGCGAGGUACGUCAAGGGUGAAGGAGGCGACAUUUGGCUAGAUGAUCUUGGCGGAACGCAUUGA